UAAUGCCGUUGCUGUAAUCGUUGACGGCGAACGAGACGUCUCCUAGUGAACGGUGAUUUCGUGAACAAUUUGUUCUUAUCGCCAGUAUAGAGAUAUGAAAUUAAUAUUGUUAUCUAAAAACUGUGCUGUUAAUUUAUACGAGUGUUGAUUGUGUGCCGUUGUGUAUUGAUUACAUCUGGACGUGUUAUUUGUGUGGAGUGUGUAACGGAGGGAUUGGGGAGAUAGCUUGUGUAAUUGUGCUUUAUUAGUUCAAACGUCUCUGUAAUCAGCAGAAAUGCAGGCGAUCAAAUGCGUUGUGGUCGGCGACGGAGCCGUCGGUAAAACAUGCCUGCUCAUCAGUUACACGACAAACGCCUUCCCCGGAGAAUACAUACCAACAGUAUUCGACAACUACUCGGCCAAUGUGAUGGUAGAUGGCAAACCGAUCAACCUGGGACUGUGGGAUACGGCGGGUCAGGAGGACUACGACAGACUCCGACCGCUCUCCUACCCACAGACCGACGUGUUCCUCAUAUGCUUCUCGCUCGUCAACCCCGCCUCCUUCGAGAACGUGCGCGCUAAGUGGUUCCCAGAAGUGAGGCAUCACUGCCCGUCAACGCCCAUCAUCCUAGUCGGCACCAAGCUCGACCUGCGCGAGGACAAGGACACUAUCGAGAAGCUUAAGGACAAGAAACUCGCGCCCAUCACCUACCCGCAGGGCCUAAGUAUGUCUAAGGAGAUCAACGCCGUGAAGUACCUGGAGUGCAGCGCGCUGACACAGAAAGGCCUCAAGACCGUCUUCGACGAGGCCAUCCGCGCCGUGCUGUGCCCCGUGCCGCCCGUCAAGAAGAGGCGCGCCUGUAGCCUGCUGUAGAGAUUCGCAUAAACAGCGGUGCCAGUGUGCAGUAUGCGACCAGCAUGGCUUCUGCAGCGCAACCGUCGAUUGGCUCGACACAAGUGCUGUAUAUAAAGUGGACUGCAAUACGCAUACAUACAUGUUAGUUUACUGUUAACGCAUACUAAUGUAACGUGGGUCGGUGUGUGUCAUCCCUAUUAUAUAUACUUAACGGUUUUUUAAAUUCGGAACACCUCACUAUUGGGUGCUUUAAUCUUGACGCGUUCUUUGCUUUACAUUAAAAGUUACAUUCCUACAUUUGUUAAUAAAUCGCUUCGGUACAAAUUUGUUUCAUGAAUUUACGUUUGGAAUUGUUAAAUUUUUUGUUAGGCAGAGAUUAUAUUUUUCGAUUGUGAUGGUUUAUUUUUGUUCUCGCCUGUUUCAACGUAGUGGGUAUAAGUACAGUAUUCGUUAAGAGUUUAACAUUUGUAUUCAUUGUGUAUUAAUGUAGUUAAAAAUUAAUCAAAUGACUUCCAUUAAAGCUAAUCUAACUAAUAUAUAUUUUAACUUUAGACAAUCCAAUCAAGAUGGUAAGAGCAAAUCUACUUCGCGUAGUCUUUUAAACAUUAGGCCACGGCACGGUUUUAUAAAUCUUCGUUAGACUUUAUAUUAAUAAUAAUAGUAAACAAAACUAGCUAUCGUCAGUCAUAUUCAUAUGCCAUUUAUUUUACUACUAAGGACCCCGAUGAUAUCAAAACUUGUUGCCAAUAUGACUCAAACAUUAGUUUACCAGUCAAUAUUAAUGUCAUAGAUGUUUAUAAAACCGAGCCUACAACUUCAACAGUUUUUAUUACAAUCAGGCAGACUCAAGCUAGGGAUAUUUCGUAACUGUUUUGCUAACCGUGUUACAUGUUAAGUUAGUUUGAUGGAAGUCAGUUCGAAGCACUCUCGUGUGACAUACGUUAGAUACAUAUCGUUGGAACUGCGUAGCUAGAUGUAAAAGUAUCCCACUGCCGACUAUAGCUGUUCAAAAAUUGUGUGUUUUGCAUUUCGUCGGGUGACAAGCAAAAGUCACUAACUAAGUCUAUUGAAAUUAUUGGACAAUAAACCGUGUUACAAGUGUAAUAAAGUGCAUUGUUACUUUAAUUUUUUGAUAGUACUUAGUGACUUUUGCUUGUCACCCGACGAUUUUAUUGUAAACUGUUAAAACAAAGAUAAGGCCUGUGACAGACAGAUACCGAGGUGACCCCAUCGGUUUUAGCCAGUUUUGAUUUGAAAUUUCAACCAAUUUGCUUUAAAAUUGUGUUGAAUUUUUACAGUAAUAUUGUUAUAGUUUUUGUUUAAAUCGGGAUCAAUUUAAUCUGUCCAAUAGGAUAAUGUGCCCUUUUUCCUAUCGUUUCGCAUCACAUUAUCUAUAGAUGGUCAAGCAAAUCUUGUCAGUAGAAAAAGGCGCGAAAUUCAAAUUUUCUAUGUGACGAUAUCCCUUCGCACCUACAUUUUUCAAAUUUUCCGCCUUUUUCUACUGACAAGAUCUGCUUGACCAACUUUAUAUAUCAUGGUUUCAUGGUAACAAAUAAUAUAUUUCAAUUCUUAUCUCUGAACCUUGCCACCUCUGUUUUUAUAGAAACCUUGAAACGUCGUCACCUGACGAAGUUAAAGAAAUUGAUAAUACAUUAUCUUUAAGAUAUUAUACAACAACAAUGAAGUUACUAAUGUAACUUUUAACUGAUUUUACAACUGUAAGGCGACAGUGGGAUUGAUUGUAUGAAAGAGGAUAAUUUGUAUUUUAUAGGCACAUACAUAUAAAAGGUCAUCAUUUUAU